GACAGCACUAUAUCAUAUGUAGGAUUUUGUUAUUUCCCUUUGCAGAACUUUCCCUCAGGUUGAUUGUUUGACCUACGCAAGUUACAUGGCUCAUAUAAUUUUUUUCAUCACACAAUCCACCAUCUUUAUAAGUAGUCACAUGCAAACCAAAACACCAAGCAAUCACACCCUCCACAAAAUCAACUCAAAAAUUUCUUCACCACCAAAUUCCAUUUCUCCUGCAUUAACCAGUAAAUCUUCGGGGGAAUGCAAGCAUCCAUACUUCAGUACACAAAGAUCCCAUCAUCCCUACGUAUUCUUCAAGAUUAUGGAUCUGAUGGCCAUUUUCCAUUUUUCUCCUCUUCACAUCACUCUAAUUUUGUUUGCAAUUUGCUGCAAAGGAAUAUCAGGAGCUACAUUUACAGUCAUGAACAAGUGCGACUACACAGUAUGGCCGGGAAUUCUAUCCAAUGCAGGGACUACCAGUUUAGACAGCACCGGCCUUGAGCUCCCACCGGGCGGCUCACGUUCCUUUCAAUCUCCACCUAACUGGUCCGGCCGCUUCUGGGGUCGAACAGGCUGCAACUUUGACCCCACAACCGGGGCUGGCACCUGUGCCACCGCCGACUGUGGCUCCAACCAGAUGGAAUGCAAUGGUGCAGGUGCAACCCCACCCGCUACUUUGGCCGAGUUCACAAUUGGCGGCUCCGACAACCAGGACUUCUAUGAUGUCAGCUUAGUUGACGGAUACAAUUUGCCCAUGAUGGUGGAACCUAGCGGCGGUUCCGGUAAUUGUUUGUCGACCGGGUGCGCCACCGACUUGAACCAACGGUGCCCCGCUGAGUUGCAGUUCGGGAACGGCGCGGGGUGUAAGAGUGCGUGCGAGGCGUUUGGGAGCCCCGAGUACUGUUGUAACGGCGCGUUUGCUACGCCGGACACUUGUAAGCCGUCGGUGUACUCGGAGAUGUUUAAGUCGGCAUGUCCGAGAUCGUAUAGCUACGCGUACGACGAUGCCACGAGCACGUUUACGUGUAGUGGAGCUGAUUACACCAUAACCUUCUGCCCUUCUACUACAAGUCAAAAAUCUGCAAGAGAUACAUCUCCAACAACAAGCACGACAAAUACUGGGUCAGGUUCCAAAGGUGGGAGUGGAACGACGGCCGGGGAGCUGCCGACGGUGGCAGGAAAAAGUAAUCCGUCAUGGUUACCAAACUUUUACACCGGAGACUCGUCCAAGACCAUCUCUUCUGCUGCUCUUCACUAUACGUUGGUUGCUUCUGCUGCCAUUGUCUACCUUAUCUCCUUGCCUUAUUGAUCAUACGAUGCACUACUGCACAUGGAUCCUCAAAGGCUGGAUCAAGACACGUGUAUAGAUUAAUUAUAUAUAUUAAUUAGCGUAUUCAAUA